AUGAGUCAUGUUGAAAAAGUUUAUUUAAUGAAUGUUGCAUUAUACAUUAAUGACAAAACCAGUCUUAUCAGAUUUAUGACUGUUAAUAAAAAAUGUAAGUCUUCAUUAGAAGAUUUAAAAAUAAAUCCAUACAUCCCAAUACCUCCUACUGCAAGUGAAAAACAAAAAGUAGAGCAUAUACUUUUUAUAUCUAAAAUGUUUAGUCACAUAGAAACUCUUCAAUGUACUCUAGAUUUAUUAACAAUUAAAUUAAAAAGAAAUGAACUAUUUAACAAAAUUACUUAUAUUCGUCUAGUAAAUUUUGAAAGUUUUAAUUCUUCAUUAAAAGUAAAAAGUUAUAAUUAUUCUAAAAUCGAAAAUUUAUAUUUAACAAACUCAUUAAAUUCUAUUCAUAAUGUUCAGUAUUUUCCUAAACUAAAAAGACUUAUUUUAUAUAAUCUUUUGUUAUCAUCAAGUAUUCUUCAUAUUAUUAAGAACUCUCCAUAUCUUAAAGAGAUUAUUUGUUUAGAUUGUGUUAAAUCUCAAUGGAGUAUUGAAGAAAUAAUUUGGUUAUUCUCAUGUGUUAAUUUAAGUGAUAUUAAAUUAUCAAUUGUAUAUAGAGAUCCUUCAAUUAAUAUUAAAGAAUGUUAUAAUGACUUUAGUAAUGAAUUAAAAGGUGUUGAUGUUAAAAUGUUAUACAUUGGAAGUGAUAUUGAAAUUGGAGGAUAUGCUUUUGUUAAUGAUAUGAUUAGUUCAAGUGUAUGUACAAUAACAGGGCCUUUUAAUAAUAUGAAUUCUGAAAUUCAAAAGAAAGACAUACCACAACCAAGUAUUAAACAAGAAGAUGAAAUUUUAAAUAAUACUUUAAAGUGUAUUAAUGAAUAUCAUUAUUACAGUAAUGAUUGUGUUAAGAUUUCUAUGCCAAAUCUUUCAUCAAUUAAUAAAAUUAUUUUUGGUUGUCGUACAUUAGUUAAUUGUAAUUUAGAAAGUGUUAAUGAUAUGUCAAUAACAAAUAUAAGUUGUAUUAAAUUAAAUUGUUAUGGUUGUCGUAAUCUUAAUAUAUACAUUAAAAGAAUUAAUGAAUUGAACAUUCAAUAUUGUAUUGGUGUUACAAUAAUUUCACAAGUUCAAAAAUGUAUUUCUAUAGGAAAAUCAAUAGAUGUUAUUACUACUUCAUAUAAACAACCUGAUUUUAUAAAUACACUUAAUUUAUGCUCAUCUGUAAAUACUAAAAUUAUUAAUCAAAAUGUUAUUCAUUGUAACAUAAAUGAAUCAUAUAAUAUUAGUUUUAAUUCUUGUAAAUUAAAUAGAAUGACUAUUGAGAAUUCUUGUCGUAUUACUUUUGAUAAAUCUUCUUACUUUUAUCAAUCAGAUAGUAAAUUAAAAAUUUUAAAUUCUUAUAAUAAUAAUAUUCUAUUACCAUUAUCUAUUAAACACUUUAAUAUUAUUGGAGGUAUUCAUCCCAUAAAGUUAUCAGAUCAAAUUUUAAAUGAAAUUUCUUUGUUUGGUACUGUACAAUCAAUUCGAAAGAAAAAGAAAAUUAUUGUUCUUCGUUAUGAUUUACUUAAACCAAAAGUAUUAGCCCCAAUGAAAUAUCAUAUUAAAAUUAAUGACCCAAAUAUUAAAUCUAUUGAAUAUGGAAAUUGCAAAAAGGUUACAUUAGAAAUGAGCCCAUCAUCUCAUUUUAAAUGUGAUAGAGUUGAUGUCCUAAAAGUAAAAAGUCCUAAUAUUUUAAUAGAAGCAAAUUAUAUAGGAAAACUAAUCAUUGUUGAUGAUGUUCCUAUUACUUUUCUCAAUUCACCUUUAAUUGAUAAAAAAGUCUGUUCUCUUAGUGAUUGUCAAAUACUUAUAGGUAAACCAAAUAAAAUACUUGAAGAAUGUUACGAAGAAAUAAAAAUAAAAGACGUGUGUGAAUUUUUAAAUUCUGAUGAUGUAUUGAAUUUGAAAUUAUUUCCUUUCAAAAAAGUUACAAUAUGCCUUGGUUCAUACCAUGAUUUUUAUACCUCGAAAACAGAACCUUCAAUUAUUUAUAUAGCAUUACACAAAUUAGUAGAAAAAAUAAAAGCACCAGAUAACCUUAAAGUAAGUAUUGUUGAAGGUGGAAACGAUUCUUUUCCUUUAAUACGUCAACUGAAGCUAAUGCAUUCAUAUAGCAUUUUUUUGAGAAAAAAGAAAGAAUCAGUUAAUAGAAAACAAAUACAAGAAAUAACAUGUUCUAAUAAUGUUAGGAAUUUGGUUAUUAGAAACUGUAACAACUUAAAAUUAAUAAAAGGUACUAAACGUUUGAAAAAGGUUCAUAUUCAAUCAUGUGCUAAUUUAGUAGAAUUAACUGGGUUGUCAAAAACAGUUAAUUUACAAAUAAGAAAUUGUCCUAAACUUAUAAUACAAAAGUAA